CCAAUCGUAAAUGCCCUUCCCCAAUCCUCCCGAAAGUUAUAAAAAGGCCGAAUGCGGAACAGUUUUUUUCAUUCUCUGUUUAGAAGUGUGUGAAAAUGAGUGGACGAGGGAAAGGUGGUAAGGCUAAGAGCAAACCCAAGUCUCGCUCGUCCCGGGCCGGACUGCAGUUCCCGGUGGGCCGUGUUCAUAGACUCCUGAGGAAGGGUAAUUAUGCUGAGCGGGUGGGUGCCGGAGCCCCGGUCUAUCUGGCUGCUGUGCUCGAGUAUCUGACGGCUGAAAUUCUCGAGUUGGCCGGCAACGCGGCCCGAGACAACAAGAAGACGCGCAUCAUCCCCAGACACCUGCAGCUGGCCGUCCGCAACGACGAGGAGCUCAACAAGCUGCUGGGAGGAGUGACCAUCGCUCAGGGCGGGGUGCUGCCCAAUAUCCAGGCCGUGCUGUUGCCCAAAAAAAGCAGUGCAACCACCAACCCCAAGGGAGGUUAUGGAGGGUUCGCUGUUGAAGUACGAUCAGGGCCGGGAUUGCGAUGUGACUCAGGACAGUCCCAGCACAGCCAACUGUUGCUGAUAAACAGCAUCAGUAACGGCAAAUAUCUACCUCACGACGAUGCACUUUGUGUAAAGUCACUGGUUUAUGGAGCUUCACUUGGAGCUGGUGUACUUGGUGACCGCCUUUGUCCCUUCCGACACGGCGUGCUUGGCCAGCUCCCCGGGCAGCAGCAGGCGCACGGCGGUCUGGAUCUCCCGAGAGGUGAUGGUCGACCGCUUGUUGUAAUGGGCCAGACGGGAAGCCUCGCCCGCGAUGCGCUCGAAAAUAUCGUUCACGAACGAGUUCAUGAUGGUCAUGGCCUUGGAGGAGAUGCCGGUGUCGGGGUGAACCUGCUUCAUCACCUUGUAGACGUAGAUGGAAAGUGCGUGAAAAUGAGUGGACGGGGAAAAGGUGGUAAGGCUAAGAGCAAACCCAAGUCUCGCUCGUCCCGCGCCGGACUGCAGUUCCCGGUGGGCCGAGUUCAUAGACUCCUGAGAAAGGGUAAUUAUGCUGAGCGGGUGGGUGCCGGAGCCCCGGUCUAUCUGGCUGCUGUGCUCGAGUAUCUGACGGCUGAAAUUCUCGAGUUGGCCGGCAACGCGGCCCGAGACAACAAGAAGACGCGCAUCAUCCCCAGACACCUGCAGCUGGCCGUCCGCAACGACGAGGAGCUCAACAAGCUGCUGGGAGGAGUUACCAUCGCUCAGGGCGGGGUGCUGCCCAAUAUCCAGGCCGUGCUUUUGCCCAAAAAAAGCGGCGGACCCACCAACCCCAAGGGGAAAUAAAGUGAAACGUCAGUUAAAA